ACUUGUUUACUUCCGGGGCAAUAUUGAUUACUUUGAUUAUUGACAAUCAACUUUUGACCAUAAAUUCCUGACCAGAUUUUCAUUACAAUUAAUCGUCGAAUAUUGCUGUUUCUUAUAACUUAAAUAGUUUGAAUGCCUUCAAACAUGGGUGACAUGGAUGAAUAUAUUUUCGAUGACGAUGGAAAUCCGAUCUUGCAGUGUCCGAAUUUUGUGCAACAAGAAAAUAUUUUUGCUAAUGAACCCGACUUAAAGGAUAUAUUUCACAUUAAAUCGGAUGGGUUUGAUGUUCUACUUUCUCUUGCCAAGGGUCUUAUAACUUGGACUAAUGUUAAUCCAUCAGGUAAGAAAAAGAAGAAAGGAAAAGGUGAAGACCGCAACACUGUUAUGCUGAAAGACGUUUUUGCGGUGUCGCUGAAAAGGAAAAAGUCUAACACAGAUUCAGAUGAAGGAUUCUGUAUAGGUUUUACUUUGCAUAUAUGCGACAUAUUUGGUCCAAACCUUCUCAGUGAGAGAGCUGUGGUUUUUGAGCAUCCCAGUGAAGCACUGUGCAACCGAUACCUGCACAAGAUCCAGUCUUAUAUCACAAAACUGUUCAGACGCCCGACCUCGGUCAAGCUGUUCCUGCAAACUCAUGCAGGCGGCAAGAAUGGUAGCUCCCUAUACAAGAGCAAAGUCCUGCCACUCUUCCAGGCGGCAGAUGUCCAAGUUGACUGUGUUGAGGUCCAGCAUAAUGAACACAUCAAACAGGAAAUGGUUCAUAUUAAUCUAGAUGACUUUGACUGCAUCAUUGCCAUGGGAGGUGAUGGCACAGCCAACAAGGUUGCUGAUGGGUUGAUGACAGCAUCCCAGCGGUGUCGUGAUGUUGAUCAGAAACUGGGCUUCACACCAGUCAGGGCAAGACUUCCAUUUGGAAUCAUCCCUUGUGGCUCCACCAAUGACAUCUGUCGAUCCAUAACGGGAUGUGAGGAUAUAGUGACCUCCAUCAUCCACAUUCUCAUGGGUCAGACCACUCCAGUUGACGUGUGCACAGCUUAUAACGAAGAUAAAUUCCUGCAGUGGUGUUUCAACUGCCAGUACGGUUUCGGUGGAAAUGUGUUGAUGUUCAGAGAACGGUACAAGAAGCUUGGAAAGCGGGGACUUGAGCCAGCCUUCAUCAAAGCACUAACUAAAGCUAAACUCAGACCGUAUGAGUGUGACAUUGAAUAUAUUGCGGCAGAACAACUGCCUUCUCAUAGGAAGCACUUGCCAUGCUUUACUGGAUGUGACACCUGCUGGACCGAGAAGGAGGCUGAUGGAGAUGAGGUCACACAGGAUCUUGUGCAGGCCUUUGAUCCCCUGGAUGAGUCCAACAACAGCGACACACUCGUUAACUUAGCAGAACAUGAGGACAAUCCUUGGCGAUCAAGAAAGGGGAAAUAUCUGAACAUCGGUCUGUUCACAAUACCUGGACGCUCCGAGAUAGCAACACGUGGUGUUAGCAAGUACUCGCAUCUCAAUGAUGGCACUAUGGAUCUAGUGCUUGUUAAAGAGGCACCAAGAAAAGAGUUCUUGAGGGUGAUUAAACGUAUGGGGACUAAUAAAGAUGCGUUUGACUUCCCAUUUAUUGAGGUGUUGAGAGUGAAGGAAAUGCGUUUCCGCCUUAGAAUUCCCUUGGGUUUCCAGUACAACGAUCACAACUUCAGUGAGAUUGACUAUGAAAUAAAUCGGCAACAAAAGAUGCUGGAAUCUGCCACAAAAUCAACGGAAAUCCUUGACAUUAAUGAGCUGAGUGAUUCUGAUGAAGAAUUGGAAAUUGACGACCUCACAACGUCCAAACCAUCAUCUGGGUCGGUGAAAUCUAAGUCAUCACUGCGAGUUGAGAAUAACAAUAAACCCAAAGCGAUUAAGACAUUAAGUGUUCAGCAAAUAGACAAGAAAAAAAUUAACAGGACCAACACAGAAACAUCUAUAGAUACUUUCAGUGUUGAUGAUUCUGAUGAUAGUGAUGGCGAUGAUAGUAAUGACGAGAAGGAAACAGAAGAAAUUGUGACGAUUGACAAAUUGGGCGUGAGAACAGUACGCUCAGCUACUGCUCCUAAGCAGACGUUACUAGGCCCUGCCUACCGUAUGACCUUCACGGAGCAGGAUCGUGCCAGACGAAUGAAACGGAGCCAGAAGAAGGAGAAUAAGAAGAAGGCUAAGGAAGAAAAGAAAAUGAAGUCAGUUUGGAACAUAGAUUAUGAGAUUUGUCAGCAAGAUUUUCUACAUGUGAAAGUUCACCAUGGUUUGCUGCGAGUGUAUGGUCGCGGUAUAUCACCAGAAACAAUAUACAGUGACCCCACACUGCUGUGUAUACCGAGAAUAUGAACGGGCCUAUCACCUAGCGCUAAUAGAACAUAGAUUGAUAGAGUGCCUGCAGGAAUAUCUUGAACUCUUUGUUGGAGUAGCUAUAGGAUUUCAUAAAACAUUAUAGAAAGAAUGUGAUUUUGUGCUGUUGGUUAGGGUGACUUACUACAGCUUUUGUAGACAUAUAGAAAUACAAUCAAAUUUCUGCUGAAAUUAAAAGCCAUUGGAAGGGCUGUAUGAUUGUUGGACAUAAAGUGAGUUUAUGUUGUUCGUGAACAUCUGCCGUAAAGUUCUCCUGGUAGAACAAAUACAUAGAAUUUUGGUUACACUUUAAAACCAGUCCUGAGCAGUAAUCAGUACAUAUCCUCCAUAAAGGGUAAAAUUUACGAUGUCAGUAUAGGAUAUUGCUGAAAAUGUAUGUUUGAAUAAUUUGUUUUACAUCAGAUCUUUGGUAAAAUAAUGUUAGACAGCAAGAAAAAUUUGUUUAUCUGCAGUACAAUCGAAAUAGCAGGUUGCUGCCCCUUGCUCUUUUUUGCCACCCCAUCCCUCCUUUUUAUAUUUAAAAACUCAACGGCAAAUUAAAAGACAAUUCUAAUAAACAAUAAUUACGAAAGUUAGACUAAGAAAUUCUUCAGAUUUCUUUUUAAACAAAAUGUCAUCCAUGUUUUUCAGCCUUGCCUUUUGUAGAAGCAUUAUACAUUUUAUGAUCCGAGAGCUUUCCGUAUCUACAUGUUAUUUGCCAUAAGAGCAUUUAAUUGAUAAACAUCAAGAAAAGCAGACCCAUUAAUGGUUCUAACCAGGCAUUAAGACUUGAACAUACAUGGCAAUAUGCCACAGGCUUUGACUGGAUCAAUCUAAACAAAAAUAUGUGUACACUAAAUACAAUUAUGUUUUAAAGAGUGUUUAUGGAAAGUCUUCAAUAUAGCGAACCAUUGUUGUUGAUGUAUUUAUAUUGUUAUAAUUUGGCAGUCCUCAAGUUCAGAACAUUCCAUGAAAUUGUGAUAAAUUUUAAUUUUUGUUUGUUGAUUGUUUUUAUUUAAUCUAUGAUUUUUCAUAUAUGUAUUCAAUAUUUAUUUUGAUGUAAUAUUAAAUAUUUAUUUUAUGUAAUUGACGUCUUAUUUUAACUCACGUAUAACAAUAAGUGUACAUUUAAAACCUUUGUUACGUCAUACUAACCAGUGUAUUGUAACUAUUUAAAGAAUGUAUUCUUAUUUAUUCAAAAAUGUAAAAUGAAAAUAGAAAAUGCAGCAAAUAAAGUUUGUUGGAUUUUGUAAAUUUCUAAUUUUUAUCAAUUGAUGAUUGUAUCACUUCCAAAAACAAUUGUAUUCUCAGAUCACUGAUGAACUAAAUGGUUAAUAUACAAAUGAAACAAAUAUCCUAUAACUAUACAGUGCAAAAAAGAAAGGUGUUUUAAUUAUGAGUGAAACAAGUCAAUCUCACACAACAAACUUGAGAUCUAAAAUAUUACCUACAGUUAUUCUUGCCAUUAUUUAACUUAUACUGAAAUUUGUUAUUGUUAAUGGAAUCCAAAUGUCAGCCACAAUUUUAACUUAGAUUAAUUUCAUUCAUUAAUAGUGCCAUUAUAAUUUUUGACGCAAUAACACAUUCAACUGGGUUUAUUUGUAAUUAGAUUAUUAAUUUCAUUAUCAUAAUAACUGAAAUACUUGUCAUUAGUUUGGUUGAGAACUUCCCUGGAGUGUAGAACUAGAUGUCAUUAGUUUGGUUGAGAACUUCCCUGGAGUGUAGAACUAGAUGUCAUUAGUUUGGUCGAGAACUUCCCUGGAGUGGAGAACUAGAAAAUUUAGCCUUACAUGUGUUUGUUUGUUAUUAAUAGCGUAGUGAUAUGCUCACAUUUGAUAUUGUGUUCAUAGUUAAUUUUCAAACGAUUGAACAAUUUAAUGCAAAAACUCUUUCAAAAGCUUAAGGCAGUUUGAAUAGGUAUCGGAGACUGUCUUUAUUGUGUAAAGAUAGUCAAUAUAAAUUUUUUUUAUUUAACACUUGAGAAUUGUUUGCUUUUCUAAAAUAUCUUUGUCUAAAAAGUAAACUGCAAUUUUAGUAUGAAAACAAGGUUUACAAGUUUAAAUAGUUAAGCACAGUUUUAAUGUGUAAACUACAUUUAUAAAUGUUAUUAGUGAACUACAAUUUUAACCAGGUUUACAUUUAAACAUCUGACUUGUAAUGAAUAAAAUAAAUGCAUCAACUUGAUACGAUUCUGUAGCACUAACCAAGGAUAAUAAAUCUUAAAGGGACUGUCAACCACAAAGGGACUGUCAACCACGAUGACGUAGAAAAGAAAAGUUGUAAAAUACUGUAUUUUUUACAAUUAUUAGUUUAUAUUGAUUAAAAUUAUACGAGUGGUAUAUAACAAUACUUGAAAAAGUUGUUAAGUUUUAAUAUUUUCGGUGUAUUUGAUAAUAAAAUUUUACUGGGUAUGUCUACCAGGUAACUAUACCAGUUAACUAUAAAUAAAGUCAUCAUCGUCAUGUGGUAAACCCAGGAAUGCAAAUUGUGCAUGCGUAGUGAAUUGUAUAUAUCUAAUAUAGAAAAUGAUCAAUCUACUAACGUUAUUUGUAGUGUGUAUAUCGUUAUGUCACCUAUUUUCACAAUGUACUUUCUAUUCACAUAGCGAAUUUUAUUACCAAAUAUACUGAAAAUAUAAACUUUGUUCAAGUAAUGUAAUAUACCAGUUGUGAUAUUUUAAUCAACAUAAACUAAUAAUUGUAAAAAAUACGGUAUUUUAGAACUUUUCUUUUUUUCGUCAUUCGUGGUUGACAGUCCCUUUAAUUAUGCAACAAAUAUAUGGUUUGUAUUGUUUGCAGGUAUAUUAGUAAUAUUGGUCCCAAACCUGAUUCCGUCCAUUGUCUCAAAAUGUUCAUGUAUGUUAUAUAUGAUUUUUAAGUUGUGGCAGUAUACUGUAUUGUGCUGUGGCUACAAGUAAUGUGAUGGAAUUUUUUUAUAUAUUUUUGUUUACAUUUUUCUCUAAUUAAUUUUUUACAUUUUUGUUUACAUUUUGUUUUAACCGUUUUCUCGAGUGUUUGUUUAAGCAUGCUUUAGCAAUGUUUCAUAGCAACAACUAAUAUUCAUUGUGUAUUAUUUUAUUUUAUAUUAAUGUUUGUUUUGUCAAUAUUUUGGAUGAAAUUUGCCAUCCAUUUUUAAAUAAGUUAUGUGUUGGUUGAGUUUGUAUACAUGUGUGUGUCUGCUUAUUAUUUCUAUAUUGCAGUUCAUGUAUGAAUAUGGAAUGUUUACAGUUCUCCUCUUUGUAUUCAUUCAUAUAUCAAACAUAAAAAAAAUGAAGACUAUCAGGAGAGAAUGUCUUGUUCUUGUCCACUAAUUUAUAACAGAACGCAGUCCUUACAGUUAGCUCCCUUUCUUAAAGUAGUUUACGUGCUAAUGCAUGUGCA